ACUUCCCCGGGCACAUCUCCAUCGUCCCCUUCUUCUUUCAAGCACGGGUUGCACGCUUGGAAGUCUCGCCAGAGGGCGACGUUUGCCCCACCAGGCCCGCAGGCGCAACCUCAGGCCUCGAAGCGUAACAGCAGGGCCCUCACGCUCGACAUGCGGCCACACGGAAUCGGCGUCGACCCAGGCUCCCUCGUCGGCAAGCAGCUCACCAGCGUCCGCCGAUCACGUGCCCACCCUUGCAUUACGCUUCAGUUCUCGGACGGCACCUCAUACCAGAUCUUGGUGGUCGGUUACGACCCUCACUACCGUGGAAUACCUAAGGUGCUCGAGAGCGACUCGCCCAUCCUCAACCCCCGUGGAUCCAACGGCACGGCGGAUGUCCGCCUGACAGUCUCGCAUGCCACGUCGAUUACGCUCUCCGACAAGGCCUUCCAGAUUCGCAGUGGGCCGAAGUCGGACGCUUCGACUUCUAUUCAGGCCGCUUCUCUCCCAAGAGAGGAUCGUUGGACGCAGAGGCACGCGGCCUUUGCGCUCAAGUUUGAGGAAGAACAGGGCUGGCAUUGCGUUUCGGCCGUCAUGGUAGAGUACGACGACAGGGACAAGGAGAGAUGCGUGUUCCGGAACUACGCCGACGUGUACGUCGAUAAGCUUCACACCGUUGCUCCUCCUCCCGCGUCUGCGCCUGCGCGCGUCACUUCCCACCAGCAGUUCGCCGACCCUGCCUCGCCCGGUCCAGGCCAUCAGAAGAGUGACCAGAAGCCGAAACGGAGAGGUGGUAAGAAGAAAGCCGGAGGGAAAUUACGUUGGUGAGUGAAGAAUGGUGCGUGGUGGUUGAGAGUGAAGUGAAGAGUAUUGGGGGUGCGAGAGCGGAAGAGAGAGCGACGAAUAUAGCCUGGUGGUCACCAGGCAUCAUGGGGUAGCGGCUGAGAAGAAGCUCAAUCUUGAAGUAUCUCCUCGCAGGUCACAUCUCCGCACGCACGCACAUUGGAAGCCACAUCGCAUUGCAUCGUAUCACACACUAUCGCACGUCACACACGCAGGAGCUGGACUGACUCAUCUCGCCAUCGAUGUUUAGCGUAUUUGUUUGUAUAUCUAUCUCUGUCUGUCUCCACCGUCGGGCUGCUCCGUUGCUGUACCCAGUAGUUGUUGUCAUGUACGCUAUACGCUGUACGCUGUCUCGUCCCCAUCGUCCGCAUUGUGUCGUUAUUGAACUUUACAUACUUGUGCUGCAUUGAUUUCUUGUCGGC